CGUUUCCGCUCGGAGCGGAACAUCCCCGCCCCACCCGAAAAGAUUGAGGUUUGAAGACAAGUGAGGAUCCUGCCCCGAUUCCAGUGGUCCACGACUCCUCCUCCUGUCGUUGCUGGCGUGAUUCCUGGGACUCAGAUGGACCACACAUCCCCGACCUACAUGCUUGCUAACUUAACCCAUUUGCAUUCUGAACAACUUCUGCAGGGCUUGAAUCUUCUUCGUCAACAUCACGAGCUCUGUGACAUCAUUCUUCGUGUUGGUGAUGUUAAAAUCCAUGCUCACAAAGUGGUACUUGCCAGCAUCAGUCCAUAUUUCAAAGCUAUGUUCACUGGAAACCUUUCUGAAAAAGAGAACAGUGAGGUUGAGUUUCAGUGCAUUGAUGAAACUGCUCUCCAGGCCAUUGUGGAGUAUGCCUAUACAGGAACUGUUUUUAUUUCACAGGACACAGUUGAAUCUCUCCUUCCAGCAGCAAACCUACUCCAGAUAAAACUUGUCCUGAAGGAAUGUUGUGCAUUUCUUGAAAGCCAGCUUGAUCCUGGUAAUUGUAUCGGAAUUUCUCGUUUUGCAGAGACAUACGGUUGUCAUGACCUUUAUUUGGCAGCUACUAAAUACAUAUGCCAGAAUUUUGAAGCUGUUUGCCAGACUGAAGAGUUUUUUGAACUUACACAUGCUGAUUUGGAUGAAAUUGUUUCCAAUGACUGUUUGAAUGUAGCUACCGAAGAGACUGUUUUUUAUGCACUUGAGUCUUGGAUCAAGUACGAUGUACAAGAACGUCAGAAAUACUUAGCACAGCUACUUAAUAGUGUGAGAUUACCAUUGCUGAGUGUUAAGUUUCUCACUAGACUUUAUGAAGCAAAUCAUCUUAUUCGUGAUGAUCGCACUUGUAAACAUCUUUUGAAUGAAGCCCUAAAGUACCACUUUAUGCCUGAACAUAGACUCUCUCAUCAGACUGUCCUGAUGACACGACCUCGCUGUGCUCCCAAAGUACUUUGUGCCGUAGGAGGAAAAUCUGGACUAUUUGCCUGUUUGGAUAGUGUGGAGAUGUACUUUCCUCAGAAUGACUCUUGGAUUGGUUUGGCACCCCUAAACAUUCCUCGCUAUGAAUUUGGAAUAUGUGUUUUAGACCAAAAAGUGUAUGUUAUAGGUGGUAUUGAAACUAACGUGCGUCCUGGCAUCACUAUCAGAAAACAUGAAAAUUCAGUAGAAUGCUGGAAUCCUGAUACAAAUACCUGGACUUCUCUUGAGAGAAUGAAUGAAAGCCGAAGUACCCUUGGAGUAGUAGUACUUGCAGGAGAACUUUAUGCUUUAGGUGGUUAUGAUGGACAAUCUUAUUUACAAUCUGUAGAGAAGUAUAUUCCUAAAAUAAGAAAAUGGCAACCUGUGGCACCAAUGACUACAACAAGAAGCUGUUUUGCUGCAGCCAUGUUGGAUGGAAUGAUAUAUGCCAUUGGUGGGUAUGGUCCUGCCCACAUGAACAGUGUGGAGCGUUAUGACCCAAGUAAGGACUCCUGGGAGAUGGUUGCAUCUAUGGCAGAUAAAAGGAUUCACUUUGGUGUGGGUGUCAUGCUAGGCUUUAUUUUUGUGGUGGGUGGACAUAAUGGUGUCUCACAUUUGUCAAGCAUUGAAAGAUAUGACCCUCAUCAGAAUCAGUGGACUGUUUGUAGACCAAUGAAAGAACCCAGAACAGGGGUUGGUGCUGCAGUAGUUGAUAACUACCUUUAUGUAGUUGGUGGUCACUCAGGGUCUUCCUAUCUGAAUACCGUGCAGAAAUAUGACCCUAUCUCAGAUACGUGGCUGGAUUCAGCUGGCAUGAUAUACUGUCGCUGCAACUUCGGAUUAACUGCACUUUGACAAGUGUGGACUGGUGGGAAUCGUGUGGUGAUGAACCUUGUGCCGCAUGAAAGGAUGCCCCAUUUUCUGAAAUCCAAAGCUACAUUGCUUUCUUUUUAACUUGAAAUGGCAUGAAGACUCAAAGUUCUGUUGGGUACUUUGAAUUGACAAGUAGCUUUGGUUGCUCUUGAUUAUACAGUGAAUCAAUAAUCAAAAAAAAAAAA